UAUCACAUACGCGUGGAAACUGCUCGAUAAAGGACUUAUGAAUCUACAUCAGCUGUUGUGACCUCAAAAUGUAUAUAUAACAAUCACCCGUCGUUUUUCUCACGGGCCACUGAGGCAUGUGACCUAAUUUAUAUGUGUAUAACUGUCGACUUCAGGCAACCUGGCCAUGUGACUGUUCGGGAGAAUAAUUCGUCUGCUACUGCGAGCGAGUUACAUCAACAGUAGCACGUGGGGCAACGAACGCCUUCACCAAGCAGACGGGUAAUGAGCUUGUGAAGAUCGAUAGUACAUACCUGUAACAGAAUACUUGAGGAAGAACGCUGUUUUGAAUUUUCUGUCACACGAAGGAAAGAUCCAUCGCCUGUCACAGUCCACGUCUGCUACGGAUUAAUAUCACAGUGGGCUCGCUUCGACUAUGACAAUUCCCCGAGGCAGACGACACCAGUUGGACAGUUGCAACAAGUGCAGUUCCAUGUUAAGAAGGGAAGAGCGAUGUGAGUAAACUGUUUGAUGAUAAUUGAACCCAAUUGACUUGGACAAUCGCUAUUAUUUCCUGAGUUGCUGUCGGAGCUAGUGGUGUGUGGACUUACUCUGGUAGUGAAGUAAUUACUGAUGAACUCGAUUUUGACGGGAACGCGCCUAACUUGUUGCGUGUAUAGGAUUGUUGGAACGUAAAAUGAAUGGAACAUGUCGCCAAAGAAGUCUUUCCCAGAAAUGUUUUAGUCGGUCGCAGCUAAUGUCAUGAAACCGGUGUUCGUGGAGGAACCAGGUGAUGCCUUGUGUUAAAUAGGCCAAACGGCUUCUUGUGUGUGGCAUUCUCAAGCAUAUUCUCCAACUGGAAAAAAAGUGGGAUUAAGUUUCUUGUGACCAACCUGGCAUGUGGUGCCGCAAUUUAGGAGAAAGCGGCGACGCAGAAAAGUGCUAUCGGGUGAAAUAACUUGUGUCAGCGGCAAAGAUAUGGAUACCUUGAAGUCAUAUUUCAGUCGAAUCUUUCCCCCAAAUUCCACCGGAAGAAGGGGCAGUUUAAAGAACCGUCGGGGUGGUAAGUCUCAGUAUGAUUUUGGAAAAGGGACCCUCCCGGCACGUGCAGCAUCCACAUCUCAGGUGGAGACAGAUGAUGAUAUGGAUUUACCCAGGGACAGAAGAAUCGCGACGUUUAUGUCGGAAUCCCGAAAUAAAGAACUCUCCAAAUCACCCCCUCCUACUAAACCCCCGCGUAAGGAUCAGAUUUUCUGUGUAGAAUUCUACCAGCCAAGGGGCAAGGAAUUGGGCAUCGUUAUCGACAGUGUACCCAUUGUUUUUGCUCGUCCAAGAACUGCCAGCGAUAGUGGGAAUGAAAGUUAUAGGUCUAGCAAUGGUGUUGUGGCGCCUAACGCUAGCUCCACCCAAACAUCGGCAUUCCGGGUUGUAUUAAUUAAAGCUGGAAGUUUGGCGUACGCUGACGGUCGAAUUAAGAUAAAUGACGAAAUAAUUGAUAUCAACGGAAGAUCACUCUUAAAGGAGACUCUGGAAUCCGUGAGGUUGCUGAUGUGUAAUGCAAUUCGAUCAGGGCGGGUUGUGAUGACCAUCCGGAGACGCAGAAAGAGGCCUGCGCCUCCACCACCACUGCCCAUUAGACACACACCUUCCCUCCAGGACAUGCCCUCGAAACCUACAGGAGUCACUGGACCCUACUCCCACGGAAUCUCCCAGUCUUUCACCUGCCUGCCUACAGAGUGCAAUAGUGACAAUGGCGGAUAUGCGAACGGUGGAAUACUCCUUAACAGCAAUUUGUGUACGUCAAACAAUGAACUCAGCAUCUCCAGCGAUGACGUCUUUGCUGAUUCCUCAACACCAGAUGAUAGAAUAAUUUAUGUGAAUUUACCUCAAAGUAGAUAUCUGAAUGGUAGACUGAACCACAACAUUCGGAGGCCUGCUGCAUCUGUUAAUGAUGUUGAUUGUUAUGAUGACUGUGGACAGAGGACUCAAAGCACAUCGGCUGUGGAGGAUGUGGUUAAUUGGUCUUCUGAUCCAAGGGCAAAAGGACAUGUGACCAAUGGCCAUGACAUCAUGGACCUUCAGCGCUAAAGCUCCACAUCUACCUUGGUGCCAGAUAGUAGUAUGUAUGGUGGCAGCACAGACUCUCUGGCCAUGCCACAGUACCAGCAGCGCCAACAUAAUGGCAAUGUGACGCCAAUCAGACGAUUGGUGGAACGUAACCUUCUGAAGAACUCGGGACUUUACAACCGAUCUGAUUGUGCAUCCCCAUCCUCAGGGAGCCUCUGUAGCUGUAACUCUGAAGGCGGAAGUAACAAGUCUUCUCCUUCAUCAGUAGGCAAGCGUCGCCUCAUCGCCAAGCUGCACCUCCUGAAGGAUGCGAAUGGUCUGGGCAUCCACAUUGCAGGGGGUAAAGGGUCCAAGAAGGGAGACAUUGGCAUCUUCGUAGCAGGGAUCACAGAGUCGGGGGCUGCUCACAGAGAUGGCCGACUGAAACGUGGAGACGAGCUACUUAUGAUCAAUGGAGUGAGUCUGAUCGGGAUGAUGCAUCAGGAGGCUGUUGACUGUCUGCGAACAGAGCCCAGACUGGUACAGCUGGUCGUGGCCCAAAGACUGAUUCGUAAAUCAGCGUCAAUAGCCUCAACGUUGUCAUCCCAGCUUCCAGGAAGUCCAAGAGUUCUGUCCCCUGUACCUCAGUCAGACAGUCCCACCUUCCAAGCAGAAACCCCAGCACCUGUGCCAGAGGUCAUCGCGCAGACUCCAUCAGGGACUGUGUUAAAAUGGGAGGAGAUGUUUGAUAAGUUCUCCAGGCCUGGACAGAAUUCCCAAUCACCUGAUAAAUAUCGAUCCCCAAAGUUCGGUCCCGAGCAGAUAUUGACAGUGAACAAAGGUGCCAAGGGGAAGGGUCUGGGAUUUAGCAUUGUGGGAGGAACCGACUCGCCCCGAGGGAGGAUGGGGAUCAUUGUAAGGAGGAUAUUUCCCAACGGUGUCAUCGCAGAGGAUGGCAGGCUUAGAGAAGGUGAUGAGAUCGUUGAGCUGAAUGGAAUACCACUCCAGGGCCUCACCCACAAGGAUGUUCUGUCCAAGUUCCGCUCUCUCAGGAAGGGUCUAGUGAGACUUGUGUACAGGAGCAGGCUCUCCUCCCCAAUCCCCACCUGUCACCGAGUGCCUCAGCCCCGAGAGUCCCCUGAAGGUAGUCCCGUCUCCACCCCUGGCCACUCCCCACGCCACACUCCAAGCAACAGUAUCUCCGACGCCUCAGUCUUCGGCAUUCUUCCCAACAACACCCUACCACCUCUCUCACCCCUGGACAGGGCAUCCUUUCUCACAGCAGGACUGAUGUCUCCGUUGUCACAGAUGACAGAUCGAACACAGACAUUGCCACAUAAUCUGAGAACGCCAGGAGUCAGGACCAAUCUCUUCCCCACGUCCCCCAUUCUGCACUCCCAUGGGGACAGAACCAACUUCACCAUAUCCAGACACAACACAAACUUUAUGCAAAGGGAGGCAACUCAUACCUCCUAUAUGGGCCAAGAAGUUUCUCAGCAGAAAUAUAUGAGUACAGAGCUGGGGCAUUCAUCUCAUAGAGGAAUGGCAAAUACUCAGUUCCGGACUUUACAAAGUACAAAUCAAGGAGUUAACUUUAUGUCUGUAGUUCAGAAACUGGAGUAUUCUCAAAGUCAAGUAAGCUCUAACAUGAGUUCCGAGAAUGGAUUCCUGUCUAAUGGUAGUGUGCUAAAGUUAACAAGUGAAAUUGGCAGUAACAACCGAAUCUUUGAAGUGGAUCUCCACAAAGAAUGUGGACUAAGUCUGGGUAUUAAUGUGGUUCGGAAGACGAUCGGCGGCAUCAGUAACAUCUACGUUCAGGACAUCACCCACAACUCCCAGGCAGAGAAGGAUGGACAGCUCAGGAAGGGUGACCUGUUAGUCCGAGUGAACGGAAAGCCGAUGCAUGAACUCACACUCCUGGAUGCCUACCAGCUGUUCCGCAAUCUGCCACCAGGGCCUGUCGUCAUCUUUGCACAGAGAGAUGACAAGAGUCUGUCUCAGUCCGAGUCAUCUGACACCUCUACCACGACAGAUGGCAGUGCUGGAACCAAGAAAUCAGAAAACAAAACUACAAAGUCCAAUGUGUCAUAGGUGACAAUUGUUACCUCACUUCCUGUCAAGUGACUUCUCGGACAUCAUCCGCGGUCUUUCAUAUAUAGUGACCAUGAAACCAAGAUGGAUAAGUUGUUUCAUGGAGUUAAAGUGGUACCUACUGUUGUUGAAGAUGGAGCUGUUCCUGAUCCAGCUGCUUGGAGUCUGAUUUACGUAUCUUGUUGUUUGUUUUGUUGCGUGACUUUGUAUCAAUGGCAGUGCAUGCGUUGUAUCACAGUUACAUGGACAAGGAAUGGCUGUAUGUCACUAAGGGCAACUUGACCAAAAAAAUUCAAACUGUUAAGUUUGUUCUUCUAUAUUUUUAAAUAAUAAUGGAAUAAUUACAUAUUUUUUAUUUAGUAAUAAGUGUGUUUGUUGAAUGUUUAAUUUGAAAGCUUCUACAAUUUACUUUUGAACUUACAACUUUGUACGCAACGUAGUGAGCAUUACAAAGGACGUCAAAUAAGCAGUUUGGAAAAUGAGUUUGGAUAAUGAAUAUCCUAUCCAUGUGAACAAAUUGUUUUUAUGAUGAGGUAACUUUAGUGUAACGUGGUGACUAAGUGACAUCCCUUGGUCGGCUGUAUGGGUAAAGAAGGAUGUAAAGCUUAUAAAGGUUCAUACUGUACACAGAAUUCAUAUGCAUGGAGGGGCGGUGGGGUAGCCUAGUGGUUUAAGCAUUCACUCGUAAUGCUGAAAACCGGGGUUUGAUUUCUCACAUGUGUCCAUGUGUGAAGCCCAUUUCUGGUGUUCCCCGCUUGAUAUUGCUGGAAUAUUGCUAAAAGUGGUGUAAAACUAAACCCACUAUUAUACAUGGUAGAGGUCGGGGAGGAUGACAUGUUGGUUUGUGAUUACUUGUGAUGAUGUUCAAUUUUGUCCGAAGUCUCAACUAAACAGUUUGUCCUGACAGAUAUUGUUGGUAUACACUAUGAGGAAAGAUAUAGAAAAAUAUCAUGUGGUGAGCCUGAAUUUGCAAAGAAUCAGCUAUAUAUUAGAGGCAAGAUUGGUUGUAAGAGUUACCUCCCUUCAACUAGUUUUAACCUUCUGUGAGUUUACUGACAGUGUAUU